CCGACAAUGACCAUUCGAGCUUUAAUAACAGUGUUUUAAAUAUUCAUAGACUAUUAGUGUAUUAAAAAUAUAAUUUUUCAAAUAAAAUAAUUUUCCUACCUACCUACCCACCUGUAAAAUUUAGGGUCGGUAAAGGGCAAACCAACAAUAUUUUUAUUGUGGCCUAAUUUUUGCUUAAGUUUUGCAAUAAUUUUUGCAAUAUUGAAGAUAGCAACUUUAUAUUUGGCAUGCAUGUGUAUCUAAAGGAGUUGCAUAUUUUGAGUGGUGAAAGGUCAAGGUCAUCCGUCAAGGUCAAAGGUCAAAUAUAUGGGGGAGACAUAGUGUUUAGAAAAGUGCCAUGCAUGAAUUUGAUGAAAAUGAAGAUUUGUCCUGCAUUUCUUUUUAAUAAGAGUUUUCUCAACAACUUACCAAUCAAAAUGUGGACUUUACACAAAGCUUAUUUUACAUGUAUUAUAAAAGUGAGGACUUGACAUACAAUUGAUGUACCAUAAAAUUGAGGACUUGACACACAAUUGAUUUGAUCAAAUAAGACUUUCCAUACAAUUACUAUUUUCAAAAUAAGAACUUUAUCAAAAAAAUUCUUAGCAAUCAAAAUGAGCACUGUCUAUGCAUGACAGUGAAGAAAAUGAAGACUUGUCCUGCAAUAUAAUUUUUUUUUAAAUAAGAAUUUUCUCAAAAACCUUAUCAACCAAAAUGAGGACUUAAUUACACAAAGCUUAUCUUAUUAUCAUAUUGAGGACUUGACAUACAAUUGAAUUACCAUAAAAGUGAGGACUUGAUACACAAUUUGUUUGAUCAAAAUAAGACUACUCAUUUUAUUAGCUCGGCUGUUUUCGGAGAUAACCCGAGGUAUUGUCAUUCCCAGCUCGUCGUGUUGUCCGCCGUCAGCCGUCCGCCAUAGGCGUCGUGCUAAAACCUUAACAUCUCUAAAAUCAAAGUGCUUCCACCUACAACUUUGAAACUUCAUAUGUAUAUGCACCUUGAUGAGUUCUACACGCCACACCCAAUUUUGGGUCACUAGGUCAAAGGUCAAGGUUACUUGACCUCUAAAAAAGCCAAAAAAAAUUCUGACAAGCUUUCGCAGCCGAGGGUUGGCACCCAUUAUGCUGUGCUCUUGUUCUCCUUCUAUUAAGCUGAUACUGUAAAAAGAACGGUACUCAAGAAAGUAUUUGUCACAUUGCUACUUACUCAUCCUGCACUGUGAGAUAAAAUUAUGUAAAUUCAUAAUGGGCUUGAGCUCAUCUGUUUUCCAUUGUUGAUUAUCUGACCCCAUGUCAUGCUGUUCAGGGUCUGACAGUAAGAAGCUGUUUAACCCUUUACCACUUAGAUACAUAUUUUCACGUAUUUGAAGUCGCUUAAAAAGUUUGAAUUUUAGACCUUUCUUAAUAGAUUCAAGUUUUUAAGGCUUCGACUCCAAACCUUAGAUACUGAUUAGCAACAAACAGCAUAAAACCUGAACAGAAUGCAAGUUGCUUGCAGGCUGUUCUGGUUUUAUGCUGUUUGCUGUUUGCACAUUUUCACUUUGCUUCUGAUGGGGAAAGGCUUAACUAAUAAUAUUAGCCCACAAUUUUCUAUACAAUCCUUAUCUGACACAUUCUGGUGUCCUGCUUGUCAUAGAGAUCUGCUUUUGGACUUAAAGUUGCACGAGCUGCACAGAGAGUACGUUUGGCUGCAAGUGGUGCCAUGUUGCGGGGACUGUGUGUCAGUGAUGCAGCACCAGCCUGCCCGGAUCAGACUACAGCUGCAGUUCAUUCCCCUGUCAAGUGUCCACAAUUGGAGACUACCUCCUUUGACACUAACGUGGUUGUACAUUCCGGCCAGAAUAAGAGCAUCAGUGUACAUGUGGCGGACAUUCAGCCAGACCAGAUGGACAAUGUCCUCUGCCUGUUCACGUACAGCUGGGAAGUGAAGUACUCCACAUGGAAAAUCACGUCCUCCAACCUCGAGUGUGAGGCUCUCCAGUUUGAGUUCUCUGACGUCACGUUGCCCAUAGUAACCGCUCAGUUCACCGUGACGAGUGGGAAGAACAGCGUCCCAUUGGAUAAUCCACAAAAUAUCACAGUCCGCAUCUACAAGUGUGGUACCAUGGUAACCAACUGCGGUCAGUGCCUUAGUAUGGACCCGGAAUACGAGUGUGGCUGGUGUGUGGGUGCAAGCCCCACAUGCUCCUUGCAGACUCUCUGCCCUGCAUCUGACUGGCUCGACCGCUCAGCUGUCUGUCCCAACCCUCAGAUACUCGGGGUACGUGUGGCCAUAAUGCAGGAGAUGAUGCCAAUGAUUCACCAUUAGAAGACAUGACGGUAACGGUGGCCCAGAACGCUGCUCAACUAGAGUUCUAGCAACAUUCUGACAUGCUCACAAACAACAAAACAUACUACCGGAUGAUGCUGAGGAUGUAGUUCACUCAUUAGGGGGAGAGCUUGACAUAACCAGUUCCUGUAUCAUUUCCUGGCUUAUGAUGAAGGUGUGCCCUAUGUUAAAGGAAUGCUGAAGAGCAACAAAUAGAAACCGAUGACUUUGUAGAAGAUUCAUAUGAUUAUGAUAAUGAUGCCGAUUACAUCUCAUCAGAGGAAAGUGACAGUGAUUGUAAAGGCACAGUAUAUCCAGAACGAGACACAGUGAACAUAUACGUUGAGGAAAGUUUAAAUGUCAUACAAGGAGAUGGAGACAAAGAACAGGUUGAAAUAGGAAAAUCCAGUAUCAAACUAGUGAAUGUACAGAAAGAAACAAUACACAUAGCUACCUCAAAGAAUACUAAUAUGUGUAAUUUUAAUUAAUGCUUUUGCAAUGCUUUGCAAUACCUAAAUAUGUAUAAAGCCAAAAUGAAAACCUCAAGGUGCUUUAAAAAAAAAGAAAAUUAACAUUGUUGAUAAAAAGCUGCCAGCUUUAAUCUCAUGUUUGUUUACAUUAUGUUUGUUUUUGUGCGUAGUAUACAUUCUGUAUCUUAAUAGCGUGUAACAACUAGUCCUCCAUGGUGCAGUGGAAGAGUACUCGCCUGCAGAUCUGGAUGUCUUCAGUUGGAAUCCUUCUACUGGCUUAGUGUUUUUUUUUCCUAGAAUGUUGAAAUUCAAGAAAUGUUUUGAUAAUACACAUUGACAGCAAAAAUACAACGUUUACAUGUUGAAAUUAGUGAUCAAUCUUUUUGCAUUGUUAUAUUAUAUUAUUGAUUUGACAUAUAGUGUUAUUUCUUAUUCUGAAAUAUUCGUAUUGACUUACCGGUCCAGCAUCUUUAAACAAUGUACGGAUCAACAUACAAAUGUACCUUAAUAGAAAAAUAACCUAAUCUGUUUAAAUAGCUUGGCAAAGUGCUGACCUGUUUUACACAAUGAAACACAUUUUUUGUAAUAUAGGUUUUAAACUGUUAAUUAUGGUUGUGGUAGAUGCAAUUGAGUUAGAGACUAAAAAUGAAAGUGGCAUGGCUUAUCUAAAAAUUUGUUGUCCAAUCCCUCCUAAUGUGCAGUUGGCAGAUCAUCACAACUUGUAAAUGAACAGUUUAUAUUGGAGAAUUAUGUGAACAAGUUAGAGUACAUAUUCCUGAAUAACAUGGUUGUCUUCGUUUAAGGGCUGAGUUUGUGUCAAAGUUUCUCUGUUAUGUAUGUCAUAGGAAUGUUUACUUAUACAAGGUAAUUGAUAAUUCUAAUAUUUUUCAUAUCAUUCUGGGAGUUUUCAAUCAGCAGUUUUUAACACAAAAUUCUAAUCUGUUGUAGUUAAUACUAUUUGUGAUUUGAAACCAAACAGGGCAUCCCUUAGCUUAGCUUAUUAUUUUCAAUGGCCCGUUUUCAACAUAUUGUUGGUAUUAAACUAGUAAAAUGGUUCGUUUAUGUUAUACUUUGAUCAUUAUUUGGUUGAGAAUAAUGGCCUUUCUAGAUCACAUGCCUCAAAGUGACAGGGUGAGCCUUUAGGCUCAGUCUUCAUGGUGCGUCGUCAAACUUUAUGCUGUGAACACAAGAGGCCAAAUGCUCUGCACAGCUGGGUCAGAAGAAUAAUUUUGAUAUCUUAGUAAAACCUUAUGAACACUGUAGUUGAUUGUAUCUUCACCAAACUACUGUAGUUGUCAAAUCUUAAUUGUAUCUUCACCAAUCCUUGUCAGAAUGUUUGUCUUAAUGAUAUGUAAACCAAGUUCUGACAUGGGUCAUCUGGGGCAAAAAACUAGGUCACCAGUUCAAUAAAUAUUUUAAUGAGUCAACAGAAAUUGUCAUGUGAGCGAUAUAGGGCUAUCUUGGCCCUCUAGUUUAUGUUGUAUUAAUAAGUAAAUCUGUUUGCUGUUGUAAACAAACUAAAGUGUUAAAUUUGUUCGAAUGAAAAUUGCAGACUUUGCAGUUAAUCUUAGUGCAUGGGCCAUCUUUUAUAGAAACGAUUUUUGCUUAAUAUGAUAGGGAUCUAUUUAUUAUGUUGACUAGAAAGCUUUUUGAUACAUUAAUAUGUCAAUUUUGCAUUAUGUUGCUUGACGUUUAAAUAAUUGACCCUUUAUAAUAUCACUUAACUACUAUAUAAUGGUUUAAAGUAUAAUGAGGAUUAUUUUUAUAAAAUCAUUUACUGAUAUUUAAAAAGGUGAGCUUUUAGAAUCAUUCUCUGUUUGGCAUCGUGCGUCAUCAGUCCUUACCUUGUGAACUCAAUUUUAAGCCUAAUUUUAGCAAAAAAGGGUCAAGAUGUUAAUAUUGACACAAUUGGACAAGUUUGAUAGUGGGCCAUUUGAGGUGAAAAAGUAGGUCACAAGGGCCAAAUAAGGGAAAACAUUAUGAACACUUUAGAAAUCACUGUUUUGAUUGGAUCUUCAUGAAACUUUGUCAAAAUGUUUUUUUUUCAAUAAUAUGUAGGUCAAGUUUGAUAAUGGGUCGUUUCCGGUCAAAUAUUAGGUCACUAGGGCAAAUUUCUGGAAUACCUUGUAAAUACUUAAGAAGUCACUGUUUCGAUUGUAUCUAUACCAAAUUUUGUCUGAAUUUCUACCUUAGCUAUAUGUAGGUCAAGAUCUGGGGUAAAAAAUCUAGGUCAUGCAUCAAAACAAAGUUUUAAUGAGUGAUUAGUGAUUGUCAUAUAAGCAAUAAAGGGCAAUCUUGGCCCUCUUGUUUCAUUAAGUGGAACUAAAACACAGAUUAACCAGUUAUUUUCUGAUGAUUCGUAUUUCUACAAUGUAGUCGAAUAACAAUUUAAGUCUGUUGUCGAUAUUGUUGAUGCAUGAUUUACAAUGUGUGUAUAAAAUAUUGUCAUUCAAGCAAGAUUUUUCAAUAUUUCAUGUUAAUAUUUAUAUCAAAUUCUAUAAAAAUAAAACUACCGUAAGCAAUCUCUAAUUUAAACCUCUGUGCAUUUACUUUAUGACAAACAUGCUCACUAUUGUACUUUCUUUGUACUUAAGAAUAGUUGAGAAAAUAAAAAUCAGAAAAUAUUUGUUAUUUUGUUGGUUAAUACCUCAGUCACAAAUAGACACCGAUCAGCGGCCGACGUAUUUUUCCGCUCAUCGCGCAUCAAACGCUAUAACACGUUGUCAAUCAGUAUAAGGCGUUGCGAGUCGCUAUAACACGUUGUCAACCAGUAUAAGGCGUUGUCAGUCGCUAUAAAACACGUUGUCAACCAGUAUAAGGCGUUGUCAGUCGCUGUAACACGUUAUCAACCAGUAUAAGGCGCUGUCAGUCGCUAUAACACGUUGUCAACCAGUAUAAGGCGCGGUCAGUCGCUAUAAAACGUUGUCAACCAGUAUAAGGCGCUGUCAGUCUUAAUAACACGUUGUCAACCAGUAUAAGGCGCUGUCAGUCUUUAUAACUCGUUAUAAACCAGUAUAAGGCGCUGUCAGUCGCUAUAACACGUUGUCAACCAGUAUAAGACGCUGUCAGUCUUAAUAACACGAUGUCAACCAGUAUGAGGCGCUAUCAGUCUUUAUAACACGUUAUAAACCAGUAUAAGGCGCUGUCAGUCGCUAUAACACAUUGUCAACCAGUAUAAGGCGCUGUCAGUCGCUAUAACACGUUGUCAACCAGUAUAAGGCGCUGUCAGUCUUUAUAACACGUUGUCAACCAGUAUAAGGCGCUGUCAGUCUUUAUAACACGUCAACCAGUAUAAGGCGCUGUCAGUCGCUAUAACACGUUGUCAACCAGUAUAAGGCGCUGUCAGUCACUAUAACACGUUGUCAACCAGUAUAAGGCGCUGUCAGUCGCUAUAACACGUUGUCAGUCGUUGAUUUUCGUUGAUUUUGAGUAUUUAUGCGAGUUAAAAUAUUUUAGGUAAGAGUGAAUUAGUAUAUAAAAUAAUAGCCAAUAUAGUAUCUCCUUUACACGAGUGUUGAUUGAGUUUACCAUGCUUUUAUGGUAAAAUAUUUGUUCAGGAUAGAUAUGCUAUUUGUCUUGCAUUGUAUUUAUUAUUGCUUCAUUUCAAACAUUUUAAAUGUUCUCCCUUAUUUUGACACUUUGUGUGUUAUGUUAAAUACAUGUAUAAAAUGAU